CUGUCAGUCUCAGUCGUCGCAUAAAUAAACAUCCAGUUUACUUCUCGCUAGUGUUAGUACUUAAUAAAAUAUACUUGCUGAACGAAUCAGUUUCUUGACGUGUGCUUCUUGCAAAAUCUCGUCCGUGGAAUGGUGAAAUCUAGAGUAAGCAGUGCUCUGGCUUAUCAGUCUACAACAUUCUGUCAAUUGGACUGUGGACCUCGUCAUUGAGUCAUACCUAUGUCCUAACAACAACUAUCCGCCGUUAUUAGUAUUGUAAAUUCAACUCCCAACAAUUUACCCUUUCGAUCACAUCCUUCUUAUUCGAAAUAGAUUUCUGUGAUAAUUGAAAAUGGCUCGAGUUCUAGUGGGUGUGAAACGAGUGAUUGAUUAUGCAGUGAAGAUACGUGUGAAGCCAGACAAAAAGGGUGUGGUGACAGAUGGCGUAAAGCAUUCACUUAAUCCUUUCGAUGAAAUAGCCGUUGAAGAGGCUGUACGGAUGAAAGAGAAGAAACUUGCGUCUGAAGUAAUUGCUGUAUCUUGUGGUGGUCCUCAAGCGCAGGAAACUUUGCGAACAGCUUUAGCAAUGGGCGUUGACCGUGGAAUUCAUGUCGAAGUGUCCCCAGCUGAGUUUGACACAGUGCAGCCGAUUCAUGUAUCCAAAAUUCUGGCUAAAUUAGCACAAGAUGAAAAAGCAGAUGUCGUAAUCGUCGGUAAGCAAGCUAUCGAUGAUGAUUCUAACCAAACAGCUCAAAUGGCCGCAGCAUACCUAAACUGGCCGCAGGCAACAUUUGCAUCCAAAAUAGAGAAGACUGAUGGCGAACUCACCGUAACAAGAGAAAUAGAUGGUGGUUUAGAAACAAUUAAAGUUAAAUUACCUGCUGUAAUUAGUGCUGAUCUAAGACUGAAUGAGCCUCGUUAUGCGACUCUCCCAAAUAUCAUGAAAGCAAAAAAGAAACCUAUAAAAAAGGUAACAGCCAAAGACUUAGGAGUUGAUCUCGCUCCCAGGAUUGAAAUAAUAAGCGUAGAGGAUCCACCAGUAAGACAAGCAGGCUCAAUCGUCGAAGAUGUCGAUACUCUAGUCAACAAACUGAAGGAGAAAGGUCAUUUUUAAAAAAAAUUUAUGGACGCAGCAAACCAUGACUCCUACAUCUUUUAAAACUCUGCCCUUAGUAAUGCUCUGAAUGGCAGUAAAAGUAAUAGCGGAUGAGGAAGGUUUUCUUCUUAUUUGCAACCUACUUGUUUGCCUAUGCAGUCAGUUUCUCUCCAUUGGAAAUGUUGUUGUUUUUUAGAAUAUGUUUUAUUUUUAUUGCAUCAUUAUUAGAACUGUAAGUACCUCUUUGUACCACUCCUCCUUCUUUACCUGAUAUCCAUCAUCUAUCUUUGGGUCUUUCAAAAGUAAUAGAGAUAUAUUUUAUUGGUUAAUUUUUAUAAUCUAUUCAUACAUUCAAAGACAACCUUUUUAUUGGAAUAAAUCUCGUUUGUCUUCUG